ACAGACUUCAACCCAAAAACGGCGCUGCGGACGUUACUGCCCUCACAAUUUGCAGCGGAAGUGACCGUGCAUAGACGCCAUUACCUAAAUCAAGCGUUGCUGCGUCAGUGGCACCACUGUGGAGUCGUGUUUGGACUUGCGACUUUUGAUAGCGCUGUCUGACAGGACAAAAUCCAAACUGUUAUCUGUGACUGGUCCCACAGCAAGACGGUCGGUCCAUUUCAGAUGCACGGUUACACACUACAGGAAGCAUAACAGCUAUGGCAGAGAUAAAAGUCGACAGUGACAGAAACAAGGAUGCACUUUUAACAACUGUUCAGAGUGCAGAAGGCAGUUCGGACAAGAAACAUGACUCCUCCCUUACAGUUAAUGAGAAGACUGAAAAGAGUCCAGAUAGACUGCCAGAUUCCAAGCAGCACAGUAACCUCCUUCCCUCUGAGACAACCACUGGAACAGAAGACAAAACCAAGAACAUUGAACACAGAGAGAGUAAAGAGAGGACUCAAGAGACUAUUGACACAACUUACCCACAUGGGGAUGCCCCUCACUCUCAAACAGACACAAGAAGAGUGGAUGACGGAGAGAAGGACAAUGAAAAGGGAGAGAAAAAAGAAGAGAAGACUGAAAAGAGUCCAGAUAGACUGCCAGAUUCCAAGCAGCACAGUAACCUCCUUCCCUCUGAGACAACCACUGGAACAGAAGACAAACCCAAGAACAUUGAACACAGAGAGAGUAAAGAGAGGACUCAAGAGACUAUUGACACAACUUACCCACAUGGGGAUGCCCCUCACUCUCAAACAGACACAAGAAGAGUGGAUGACGGAGAGAAGGACAAUGAAAAGGGAGAGAAAAAAGAAGAUGCAAAAACAGACUCUACAGCGAUUGGGCCAUCUGGUGAUUCUUUGUCAAGUAAAGGAAUAAAAAGAGAGGAUGAGAAGACUGAAAAGAGUCCAGAUAGACUGCCAGAUUCCAAGCAGCACAGUAACCUCCUUCCCUCUGAGACAACCACUGGAACAGAAGACAAACCCAAGAACAUUGAACACAGAGAGAAGAGGACUCAAGAGACUAUUGACACAACUUACCCACAUGGGGAUGCCCCUCACUCUCAAACAGACACAAGAAGAGUGGAUGAAGGAGAGAAGGACAAUGAAAAGGGAGAGAAAAAAGAAGAUGCAAAAACAGACUCUACAGCGAUUGGGCCAUCUGGUGAUUCUUUGUCAAGUAAAGGAAUAAAAAGAGAGGAUGAGAAGACUGAAAAGAGUCCAGAUAGACUGCCAGAUUCCAAGCAGCACAGUAACCUCCUUCCCUCUGAGACAACCACUGGAACAGAAGACAAACCCAAGAACAUUGAACACAGAGAGAGUAAAGAGAGGACUCAAGAGACUAUUGACACCCUUUACCAACAUGGGGAUGCCCCUCACUCUCAAACAGACACAAGAAGAGUGGAUGACGGAGAGAAGGACAAUGAAAAGGGAGAGAAAAAAGAAGAUGCAAAUACAGACUCUACAGCGAUUGGGCCAUCUGAGGAUGAGCCACUAAAUGAUACUGUACUCCAACAAGAAAACCAAACACCGAGAACUGUCCCAAAGAAUUACAAACUCGCCUGGAUCGGUGUCAUUGUGGCAUUGCUGCUAUCUGUAGUAUGUGCUAAUUUAUAUCAGUACAAUGUUGACUUAACUCAACCUGUACAAAAAGAGUUUAAUGUGGUGGAAUUGUUCAAUAAGGAAAUGGAAAAAGUCAAGUCUAGCUUUCCAAAUCAGCGCUCCGAGCUCUGGAGAAGGAGUCUUAUUCAUCUUAGACGCCAUCUAAAUUCUACCCACCACACUGAGCCUGUCAGCCUGAUAUUAACAUCUGGACAUGGGGCUGAAAGGACACUUGGGUGCCUAGCUCAACACUUGGCUAAAGCAUUUUCCACCGCCCUUAACUCUUCAUACCAUGAAAUUAUUGGAAAAGGCACAGCAUCACAAGACAGUGAUCAGGUCAAGCUGGAUAUUGAUAGUAAACUGAGAGAAGCCUUUGAGAAAAACACGAAAGCUGCAGUUGUCCACCGUUUUGAGGAGUUUCCUCCUGGAUCCACUCUCAUCUUUUACCGUUAUUGUGACCAUGAAAAUGCAGCAUAUAAAAAUGUCUUCCUGGCCUUUACUGUUAUGCUUGAUGCAGAAGUGGAAGUCCCAGCCAAUGCCUCCCUUGGAAAAGUGGAGGACAUGGUACAUGAGCAAAUAAAAGAGAGGUUUAUCUCAUCUGACAAGUCAGCUCUAUUUAAUCAAAUGGAUGUAGACAAACUGAGUGGGCUCUGGAGCAGAAUUUCUCACCUUAUUUUGCCAGUGGUUGCAGAAGAGAAAAUUGAACAGCAGGGCUGUGCUCAAGGGUGAAACGUUAUGAAAGUAGAUAAAGGACUGUGAGACUUUUUGCGCAAAUUAUUACUUGGAACUAUUAAGCGCUUGCUUUGCCUCUCAAAUGAGGGCUCUAUACUUUAAAUUAAUAAGAAUAUUGGUGAGUCUCCAGGUGUGUGUUACUGUAUGAAUAAUGGGCCUUGCAUUUUUCCAGCUCAAAACAUCCUCCUGUCACAAUUUUUAUUUAAUCAGGACAUGUACAUUUUCUUAUGAAUCUGAGCACUUUAAAAAAAAAAAAAAUGUUUUUUAUUCAAAUCUGAUUGUCAUUAUUAAUCUAAAUGGGUUUAAUCUAAAGAAUAAAAUCGUUCUUAAUGUAUUCAUUUUGUUUGUCGGGAAUUAAUACAUGGUGAGCAUGUGGGCGAUCCAUGGUGUACUUUUCUACAUUAUAAGUUUAAUAGAGAAAAAUGUGCCUUAAUAAAUACAUCUGCUCU